GUCGCCUCUGAUGCGCGUGCGCGGUCUUUCUCCAGGCUUCCGGUUCCGUUGUCGUCUUCCUUUGGUUGAGUAGCUACGUGUCUUUAGGAGUAGUUCUGGUUGGAUUGAGUCGCAACGUGUAACAGAAUUGUUUAUCAUGGAUCAAGUAAUGCAAUUUGUUGAACCCAGCCGGCAGUUUGUGAAAGAUUCAAUCAGGCUUGUUAAAAGAUGCACAAAGCCCGAUAGGAAAGAAUUCCAGAAGAUUGCCAUGGCAACAGCAAUAGGUUUUGCAAUAAUGGGAUUUAUUGGAUUCUUCGUAAAACUGAUCCAUAUUCCAAUCAACAAUAUCAUUGUGGGCGGCUGAAUGCAGAAAGAAGAGUUAUUUCGUAUUGUGUGUGGUCACAUGACAGUAGUGUGGAAUUCCUACUUAUAAUUUACUUAUUUUCUUUUGCAAUUUGUCAGUAUAAACCAGGCUUUACAAUAAAACUGGUGUAGCAUCCUCUUUGGUUAGUGGAAGACACAGAAACCAAUUGUGAUUAGAUUUCAUCACUGACUCUUAAAGCUUUGUUCUUGGCAAAUGAGAUGUAAGCUUUGAGAGGAGAUCAGUUGGUGUCUUAUGAAAUCUAGCUAUCAUAACUUUUGUGUACAAGCUUAGUUCUGUGAUAAAUUUUUCUCUCACAUGUUUGACUUCAAACUUGAAGUGGCUUUAUCUGUUUGCCGUGUGAUGUCAGGGGCAAAAACAUCACAGGUACACCCACUCUGAAAAUAAGCUUUAUUAAAUGCAAGAUUUAGCACAUUA